AUGGCAGACACGGAACUAGGAAAUGAAACGUCCGUCAAGGAAUUCAUCCUCCUGGGAUUUGGAAAACUCCCUGAACUGAAGAUCUUUCUCUUCCUGCUCUUUCUACUGAUCUACAUUGUGACUCUGGCUGGGAACAUCCUCAUUGCAGCAUUAGUUGUGGCUGAUCAGCACCUUCAUACCCCCAUGUACUUUUUCCUGGGGAUUUUGUCCUGCUUGGAGAUCUGCUACAGCUCCACCAUCCUGCCCAGGGAGCUGGCCAGUCUCCUGACUGGCGACAGAACCAUUUCUGUUAGUGGUUGUUUUGUACAGUAUUAUUUCUUUAGUGGCCUGGCAGCUGCAGAAUGUUACCUCUUAUCUGUGAUGUCUUUUGAUCGGUAUUUAGCGAUAUGUAAACCACUGCAUUAUGGAACUGUUAUGAAUAGCAAGUUUUGCCUCCAGUUAGCAGCAGGGUCUUGUAUCAUUGCCUUUGUGGUUGUCACCAUAUUAAUAUGUUUGAUGUCACAAUUAACUUUUUGUGGCCCCAGUAAAAUUGACCAUUUCUUUUGUGACUUCACCCCCGUGGUCCAACUGUCCUGCGGUGAUACCUACUUGAUAGAACUUGUUGCUUUCUGUUUUGCUUCCAUAGAUAUUUUUCCCCCAUUUCUAUUAACCCUGACAUCCUAUAUCUAUAUCAUAGCCAAUAUCAUAAGAAUCCCAUCCACUAUCGGGAAGCAAAGGGCAUUUUCCACCUGCUCCUCUCACCUGAUUGUCGUCACAACCCUUCUACGGGACCCUCAUCAUGGUGUAUGUCGUACCAAAGACACUUACACUGAGAAACCUGAACAAAGUGUUCUCUGUCUUCUACACAGUCCUGACUCCAAUGGUGAACCCUGUCAUCUACAGCCUGAGAAACAAAGAGGUCAAGGAGGCUUUGAGGAAAUCUCUCAAUAG